CGGUUUCUCAUCAGUCCUUGCCCUAUCAUCGCUCAUGAGUUGCGUGAUUGUAGGGCGCUGUAACUGGGCAGAUCUGAUGUUGUGGCAUAUGAGCAACGCUUGGCCGGCCAACACUAGUUAAAACACACUUUGUGCUGUUGCGGCGGAUGAUAGACAGGAUGUGAUGAUAGAGUCUUUAUGGUGAGUCCACAUCAUUUACGACUGGAUAUUCGUCUUGAAGUCCAUGGUCUUUACUCAUGAAGUCCUCAACACAAUGCCUGUGUUUCCCACGGGGCCACGGCGUCUAUACGUCCCCUGUUUUGUCUUGUACGUCGUUGUAAUGUCACAGUUCCCUACAGUCCGCGCCUUUGAAGUUACAAUCGGCAUUCUUGGCCCGUGGGACGCCCCUGGGUCGUACGUGUACCCCCUCUUAGGGUGGCGCACCGCCGGGGCGGUCCCUCUAGCCCUUGAGCACGUCCGGAACGAAGGGAUCCUCGGGAACAACACCCUGAACUUUGAGUACCGGGACACCAAGUGCGACACCCGGCGAGCCAGCGGCUCAGCCGUAGAUCUGCACUUGUUCAACGGCGUGCAUGCCUUCAUCGGGCUGCCGUGCUCCGAACCCUGCCGAAGCGUCAGGGACUUAGCCGCCUACUGGAAUAUUCCGUUCAUAUCGUGGUUCUGCCCCCACACCCCGGCCACAGAGGCCGGUGACACCUACGAGUCCUUCGCUAGAACAUUUGUUCCCUUCUCGGCCAUCAGCUCGCUACCGGGUGCCGUGAUGGCGCAGUAUGGCUGGACGUCUGCGUCAGUCGUCUAUGCAGACAUCUCACCCUGGAACUCCCUGGCAGAGACAAUCUUGGCUACAAUGAUAAAUACUGGCGUAACAAUCUCCAAUCUCCAAAGUUAUAAAGAGCCUCUCGAUGUUCACAAUGCCGCGACGAUAUUGCAGAAAGUGAAAAAUGUAUCACACGUGAUUUGGCUGAUUAUGGGCGGAGUCACGACACUGGAGGUGGACGAGCAGAUCUUCAUGUUGGCGGCGGAUCAGCUAGGCAUGACCCAAGGCCAGCAGGUGUUUCUGCGGCUGGAGUUGUUCCCGGACAUCGGCCACACCACGCCGUGGUUACCCCUCCUGGUCAGCACGAAUAGCACCAGGGACAACGCAGGAGCGAGCGAGUACGCCCUUAGACAGGCGUACGAAGCUUUGAUUCUCAUUACCUACAGGUUGCCUCAAGAUGGAAGGAUUGAGGAACUUCUACGACUGCUUCCUGAGACACUGACAGAUCCUUCACUUGAUUUCUAUGAAAAGAUAAACACAUCUACGCCGAGCAUCAUGUCGGCAUUUUUGUACGAUGCUGUGCUGUUAUUUGCUUACGCCGCCAAACAACACGUGGAAACUAACGACUACCUUGCUGCAAACUACACCCGAACAAAUGUAACAUUUGAAGGAAUGACCGGGUACGUUGUUUUGGACAAUGCUGGUGACAGGAUCGCCAAUUUUUCAGUCCUGGACUUGAAGGAGGGGCAGCGCUUUGAAGCCGUGGGUCACGUGAGCGGUAUAGUGCCAGUGUUUGAGGAGGUCCCCGGCGCGGACGUGUGGUGGCCCGGGACUGUAAUACCAACGGAACCCAAGUGCGGCUACCAGGGGCAGAAGUGCCUAGAAAGCAGUAUCAUCAUAGCAAUAGUCGCCGGAGGUCUUAUCACAAUCAUGUUGGCUAUCGCUGUUCCGUAUCUCAGUCUUAAAUACAGAAAGUACAUCCUUCGUAAGGACUGGCUGAUAGAAAUUGAUGAGCUGACAUUUCUUCCUCUUCAGAACAGCACAUUUGGGGUCGGACUCCAGGGGUAUCCUUCUACUUACCGUCUGCCAAAUAUCUCCGAGAGACUCUUGAGUCGCCAGUCACUGGCCUCUGAGACUGUCCAGGAGAACCUCCGCAAGCAGAGCCAGAAGAUGGCACCAGACCUCUCCCUGGCUAAAUACAAGUCAGAGACAGUGGUGCUGAGAAGGGCAAAGGUCAGCAAUGGCCUGACGCUCAACAAGGCCACCAAGAAGGAGCUCAAGGAGAUGAGAUGGCUUGUUCACGACAAUCUCAACCGUUUUGUGGGUGUGUGCUUCCCUACCAGGGGCGACAACAACCUGUUCUACUACAUUUCUGAGUACUGCUCGAAAGGAAACUUGAAGAAUGUCUUAGCCAAUGAUGAUAUCAAGCUAGAUCUGAGCUUCAAAGUGUCAUUUAUCAACGAUCUAGCAAGGGGUAUGCAAUUUCUCCACAACUCUGUGGUAAGGUCCCACGGCCUGCUGUGCUCCAAUCUCUGUUUUAUCGACAGCCGCUGGGCGCUGAAGAUCGCAGGGUUCGGUACCGUCUCCUUCCACAUGUCUAGAGGGACCGGCGAAAAAAUUUCCGAUCCGGAAGUGAGAUUCUCGAAGCUACUUUGGACAUCCCCUGAGCUGCUCCGACACGAACUUCCAACCAAGGGGUCCCAGAAGGGAGAUGUUUACUCCUUCGGUAUCCUCGUUGAAGAAAUUCUCACCAGAUCCUUACCGUAUCAUGAUUAUGGACUGUCAUCCAGAGAAAUCGUCCGCAAGGUAAUGACACGGCAGGAGCCUCCGUUCCGGCCUCGCCAGGCGGCCUCCGAGGACGACCUGACCGGUCUUUCAACUCAGUUCUCGCAGUCUGACGGUGUCCUGACUUGCCUGACAGAGCUCAUGAUGCAGUGCUGGGCGGAACAUCCCGAAGAUCGACCCGACUUCAACGUCAUCAGACACCGGCUCAGGGCAGUGCAGAAAGGAAGGAAAGAGUUGAACCUGAUGGACAACAUGGUUUCCAAAAUGGAGAAAUACACAGAGAACCUUGAGAAAGUGGUAGCUGACAGAACAGGUCAACUGCUUGAAGAGAAAAAGAAGACAGAUGCUCUUUUAUACAGAAUGCUACCUCAGGCUGUUGCAGAUGAGUUGAAGAAAGGCCAGUCAUUUCAUGGGGAAUUUUAUGAUCAGGUGACCCUCUACUUCAGCGAUAUCGUCGGGUUCACUGAGCUGUCUGCAAUGAGUGCACCUAUGGAGGUUGUUGACCUUCUAAAUGAUCUUUACACCUGUUUUGACGCCAUCUUGGAAAGAUUUGAUGUAUACAAGGUUGAGACUAUAGGAGAUGCCUACAUGGUGGCGAGCGGUCUGCCUAACCGCAAUGGUAACCGACAUGCCUCCGAGAUUGCCAGCAUGGCACUGGCUGUCAGGGAAGGGGUGAAGACAUUUCGGGUGAGGCACAUGCCCGAACAUCAAGUACAGAUCAGAAUCGGAAUCAACUCAGGGCCCGUAGCUGCUGGUGUAGUGGGACUCACAAUGCCUAGGUUUUGUCUCUUCGGAGACACCGUCAACACUGCAUCUCGCAUGGAAUCCCAUGGCUUGCCACAGCGCAUCCACGUCAGCUGGAGCACAGCUGCCCUGCUUACCAGUAUCGGUGGGUACCGGCUGGAGGUCAGGGGUCAGCUAAGAGUCAAGGGCAAAGGAGUUAUGACAACAUUCUGGUUACUGGGAACGGAUGAACAGAGUAGUACCCUUCAACUACAGGAUGCUUUGCAGAACAGCUCUGUCAAGAAAAUAUCUACAGACACAGUCAUCAGUGAAGAUAGUCUGCUAUCACCACCCAACAACACCGACCCCCAAGAUUUCAUCAAUGACUCACUGAUAGCCACUAGAGUGCUUCAGGAAAUCCCUUCCGGUUUUGGCUCAGAGGGAUCAUCACCAUCCUCAUCACCAAGGAGAUGCCGGAAAGGAAACAGCAACUCCAGUCGCAGUGUCUCACAACUCAGCAAACAUGUCACAAUGAUAGAGUCACCCCAAACCCCUACCAAAAUCAAACAUUCCAAUGCAGGUAAAACACAGGGUAGCAACAACAUCAAAAGUAAAAGUGGUCACAUCAUGGCCAAAACAGGUGAUGCCAAAGCCAAAACCAGUGGCAGCACCAACAGGACUGAUCACACCAGCACAAGUGAUGGUUUCCCAUCAGGAGCGGCUGACCCGAGCACAGAAAGUGGGACUGAGGACCUGAAGCUAGAAGACAACAGAAGCUCCAAAAAUGGUGUGCUCAUCACCAAGCCAAAUGACAUUGUGUCGACGAGUGCCGACUUGGUCGUGGAAGAGGGCUGUUUCGUCAGGACUGAGAGCGGGGACAUCGUGCAGACACCGAAUGGGGACAUUGUCAGAAAACCCAGCAGGCAGCAACAGCACCACCUUCACCUCGGGAGUCUUCAAGAAGAUCCUGACAGCUUGCCAAAUGUUCCCAGCAUGCCCGACGUCACUGUCCAAAGCAAGGAGCCUGAAACAGAGACAAAGUGCCAUGACUCCAUUUUCUCAUACACCAUACCACUCCCGCAAUUGAUGAAUGAAAUUUCCUCCACUUUGAUAGAUUCAUCAGUGAAUGCCGUCGAGUCAAAUCAGCAAAACACUUCUAGCUGAUUCUCAGCCAUUUUGAACAUAACCUCAGUUGAAGCUUUAAUACCACAGCACCUCAGAGUGUAUUUUGAGCUACCAAUCCAUCUCCGUGGCUAGGACCAGCCAAAUAAUGAGUGCAUAAACAAAGCUAUCAAUUUCCUGGCAAUGUCUUCAAAGCACAAUUUCCUACUAAACCUUUAAACCCGUCAAACCUUGCACUCAGUUCCAAGAAAUCCACAACUGACACCUUUGUAUCAAAUAAUCUUUAUACUAUGAGUGUAUCCUUAAAUCUUCAUGCAGUUGAGAAUUGCAUGAAAUUUAAGGAUACGGAAUUGAGAAUUAGUACAGAACCAC